AAGCUCGCUCACGUGCACUCGCAAGUGUCAGUGUUCGGCUUUUUGAACCUUUGAUCUUCUGAGGUUGCAAUCAUGGCAGAAGCCACUACUGGAGCCUUUGGAGGAAGAGCCAUGGUGGGGUCUCGGUCUCGCUCUUCGACUCCCGAAACCCACAUGCCGUACAUCAAUUUCAAUGACUUCCAGGAUCCUUGUUUGGACUCCACGACGGAUGGCAGUAAGACUCCUUCUGAUCAAGAGCACCCGGCAAGCAUCUCCAACAUGAAGUUGGUCUUCGGUCUCUUGGAACGUGGUUUGCCAUCGCUGCACUGUGGCUACCGCACUCCUGACCCUUCCCCAACGAGGACUGGCCUGCCCAAAUGUGGUGCUUACCAAGAGUUUGUCGAAGAGGACUCAUUUUGGAAGUGUCAUCGCAAAAUUCUCAAUUCAGACGUGAACGAGACGCAGGUGCCUUUUACACAGCGUGGGCGGCAGCCAGCCACGAAAAAGGAUCGCUCGCCAAGCCCAUCAGCACCAUGGCUUCGGCUGCAAACUCCUUCCCCUGAACCAGCCGCUUUGCCAAUGCCAAUCUUGCCGCAGGAAUUCAUUAUGCAGCAAGUCAAGCCACCUGUGGAGCUUCGCAAGACUUACUGGGCAGAUAUGGUUGAUGGUGGUGACGAGACACCGACUGGGGAGGACGAUGGGUCCAAGACUAUGCAGCACCCGCUGUGCAUCUCCUUUGGGUCUCAAGGUCACCCUUUCAGCUGCGGGCCGGCAUGCAAGUAUGCCUCGAAAGGCAAAGGGUGCAAAGAUGGUGCCAACUGUGAUCAUUGUCACCUCUGCAAGUGGAAGAAGCCGGUGUCAACUACCACGACCCGCCCAGCACGCAAUCGUGGGCAGAAUCCGCGACAGCGCCGUGCCAAGAAGGAAUCCCAGUAAGACGGAAGCGAUCGAGGCUGUCAUUUCCCUUCGGCAGAAAGACAUGCGUGCCCUGGGGUUAAAGUCUUGAGUUUCAAGAUUCGUAUUUAGAGUUUGCUAGGGCAAUGUUUUUGUUGAACCGAGCACGCCGAUCUCAACAGAAAGAGAGUUGGAGCAGACGUCAUCGCCAUAGCUAGAGCUUCAAAGAGGCUUUUAUUUUCCGGGAAGCUCAGAGGUGCAACAAUACUCCCAGGUGAAUUUGC